UGAGAAAUAUAGAUUCGUGACGUUUCGCCACCGGCCCUCGCAUUCGUAAUCCACUCGGUAAACUUCUGUCGAUCAGCUGGUCAAAAGCAUCUUUUUUUGUUGUGUGACCAUUGUUUGAUAGGUUCAUAUAAUUAAAAUGAUCCAGAAUCAGCGGUCUGAGCUUCGAGAGCUCUUCAAUUCGACGAAAAAUGAUAAUAACAACGUUAUCACUAUUGGAACAACAGUUGACACCGGAUUAGAAUGGCAGGCCGUCGAUGAAUGUAGACGAAAGUUUCAUACUGGAAUUUACGUUGUCAAGGAACGCGGCAAAAUUUACUUCAACGUGAUGAUUGACGAAUUUCACAAAGUUCAAGAAAUGCGAUCGAUAGACAAUAUUUUCAUCGUUGCUGACAUACGUGAAUUUAUAUUUACUAAAAAUGACAAGGAAGCUGACCUUGCAAUCAUAAAAUCUACAGUUUCAAACUACAUGCAUUUGAAUAAAUAUUUGGACGCUUGGAAAAAAACAUGCCGAUUCACUGGCAAAAUCUAUCCAACAAUAGAGGAAUGGAAAGAGGCGGUGAAUCAUUGUCAAGUAGCAAAGGAGAUAAUCGGACAAAAUUCAGUCUUGAGUAAGGGACGCAAAAGGGGUUGCGAUCCGUCGCUAGCUAAGGACAAAACUGUUCUCUCAUUCAGGGUUACGUGCGAGAGGGCUGGCACACAUACUUUUGAAUCCAGUGAAGUAGCGAAUGCUGUGGGUGGCGAACUUCAAGACAAAUAUCAUUGGAUCGUCGAUCUGACAAUGUAUCAUUUGGAAGUUGUUUGUAAAGUUAUGCAAGACGAGAUGACACUCAGUUUACGAGUUACUCACGAAUCCAAGCAUCGUCGAAAUAUUACACAUUUCGGACCAACAACUCUCCGAGCCACGGUUUGUUACAACCUCCUUCAACUUGCUCAACCAAAAUGUGGAGAAAUUAUAAUCGAUCCAAUGUGCGGUGGUGGCUCGAUUCCUAUUGAGGCAGCCUUGGCUUUUCCUGAUACGUACGUGAUGUGCGGAGACAAUCAUGACAAGGCUGUUGACAGAACGCGUAUGAAUAUCGCGGCUUUGUCCGAGAGACACAAAAUCGAUUUGUUGAAAUGGAGCAUCGCGAAAUUGCCAUUCAAAGAUUCGUAUAUAGAUGUCUUCGUCACGGACAUGCCGUUUGGCAAAAGAAGUGGAACAAUGUCGGACAACAGAGUUGUCUACAAAUUGUAUUUGAUGGAAUUGGCGCGCGUGGUGCGACUCAAAUACGGGCGAUUGGUAUUACUGACUUAUGAUCGGCGAAGUAUAAACGUGGCUCUACAAGUAUCGAAAGACUUGUUCCGUGUGACGAAAAUGUUGGGAGUAAAUAUGGGGGGUCUGAAUGCUGUGGUUUACGUUCUUAAACGUACUAACCUUACGUAUGAACAAUUUUCAACGAGAAAACCGGUCAAAUCUUCCGUUAUUUCAAACACAAGAGAGCCAAAAAGUGGUCCAGAACACUGAAUAUAUCUCAUAUCUUAAUAAAACGUAUAUUUAAGAAUGAAAAA